AUGGCGCUGCUGAUCAGUCUGUCACUGCUGUGGGCAACAGUACAGUUAUCUUUUGUUUUAGCCUCCAGUACAGCGUACGCAGAUGCAGCUAGCAACUGGACUUGGAAACUUGAAAGUUGUGCGAGCAACAAAAAACGUUUCACACUGGAAAUUGUGGCCCAAACACUGGAAAACUGUAACUCAACGUACAGCUCUGAGACGUGCUUUAACACCGAUUACACACAGAGCAAGUCUUGGAAUUUCUCUCUGAGAGUGGGAAAUGGAAAUAUAACAUUGUGGGAAAACAAUACAGUUGGUGAGGAAUGCAACACUGAAUAUCAGCCAAAAAUCACUUUCAAUAAUCAGCCUUUAAACUUUACACAAGGAAACAAUGAACGGAUCUACAGGAUAUCACAGAGUUACACAAAUGUAACGAUUAAUUUUAAAUGCACCAAUAACGGUCUAAAUCUGGUUUUCCAGAAUACAAACAGAAGUUGGAUCGAUGCCUUGGAGGACUGUCGGAAAAAUCAUUCCUCCCUGGUUGAAAUCUCCACCGACACAGUGAAGAAUAAAGUGAAAUGUCUCCUGCAAAAUUACACAAGUUUACAGAGAGGGGUGUGGAUUGGGCUGGAACGGUCAGUCUUUGGCUACAAUACUGAGUGGAAGUGGAUUUCAGGGUGUAAGGUUGUGGAUUCUCAGUUGAAAACAAACAACUCCAACAGGCACUGCGGAAUGAUCAGUUUUAAUGUGAACAAAGAAAUUGAGUUGCAGGAUGCCAACUGCCAUGACAAUUUACCUUUCAUCUGUCAAAAUUGGAAUAUAAGGCCUUUCACCAGAAACAUGGCUGCUGAGAAUUCAGAGCUUUCCAUUGACAUUAAAGAAGAAUCUGGUAGCAGUUCAUAAGAGGCAUGCAAAUGAUGUUUAAUCAGCAUGUCAAGGUGAGAUUCCUGGAGAAACAGAUGGACAGCUCA